CAAUUCUCUGCCUAUCCACGACAUGGGAUACUCCUUAUACAUCGUUACCCACCACCGCGGCACCUAUUUGAAUACAGGAAGACCAAAGCCAUACCACUGGUCUUUUUUCAUCCAAAAGAAGACGGAUAAUGGAGUCAACCUCGGAAUAGCUAUCAGCUUCGCGGCAUGCCUGGAGUAUUCUACUACGUGGGUCCAGAAGAGAUUGAUCUUGCAAAGUUCAGUUCCCUCAAGGAUGAACUGUUGAUCGAAGAGGUUGAUGAAUCCAAACUCAGCCUGGUUCAUCAGCAUCUGAAGGAGUGCCGGAUCGAUACUGUGGAAUUGUCUGGGUGGAAUUGUCAAGGCUGGGCUUUGGAGGGUCUAGAGAAACUGAGGGCGGAUGGAUUUAUCUAUGAUGGGUACACACGUGAGAUCGUGAAGGCAUGGCUCAAGGAGAAAUGAGUGAUGCUUAGAGAUGCUGAAGGACUUUACCAAGUUCUAGAAUAUUUCUAUUUCACUGUCAAUCUCAAAUUCCUCCUGAUAAGAUAGCAUGACUUGAUCCACAAUAUCAAGUCGCCGGAUAUAAGGGAAUGCCUCCAAAAAUUUAUUUGCCUGCCUGAGCCCAGCAGCACGGGUAUAAGUUAUUUUGUCAAAUUAUUGAGAGGUUGAUGUUUCUGGCAACAGGCACAUAUUGCCACGACUAGGCUCAUGUACAUUAUUUGUUCUCCUAACCGCCGGAGUCUCUACGAAGACCAGCGGUUAGCUCUGCACAAAGGCUACACGCACGUUUACCCUUUCCUUUGAUCCCUUUACGCGUACCUUAGACACCUUCGCAGCCCGUAUCCGCGCUACUCCGCAUCUGUAACGCCUGACCUGCGCCCUUCGGACGGCAAGUCUCGCAACUCUCCACAGAUGUGGUGGUUCCCACAUGAUUGUUAGCAUAGGACGCGUUGGGACCAGUAUCUUGCUGGGAGGGGCACACUUGUUGUAUGGAUGUGAGGGUGGACACUUGUCUGAGUGCUGUCAUUCUGACCACUAGCUCUCUCACUGGACUAUUGAUAGUUGGCUGUAAAGAACAGGUUGAUGGACAAGUCUUCUUGGAAUUGAGAAGGCUGUUGACGGCUUGUGGAACUGAUAGCUAGAGAUCCAUGUUCUCCCAAGAUUUGUAGUUAGCUAGGAUUACUGGGUCAAUGGGGAUGUCGUCCUGUUCAUCUGGAAGCCUCAAGAACCCCUCCAGGCUUUCAUCCGAGCUAGAUAUACUUGGAGACAAUAAACCAUCCACUGCAGAGUCUCCCUGAAAGGGGGGCGGUGCUGUUUUGAAGAUCGCAGCAGGAAAUAAUAUUCGGUUCUGAGAUGCGAGGAAGCGCUGACUUCUUUGAAGAUGUCAUGCCAUUUUUAGCAAACUCUGGAUAUAUAUGCGGUUCCGGUACAGUUAUUUCCCGUGCUUGAGAUUGGGAAUUUGAUGGUGGUGGACACGGUUGGGUGCCCGCAUUGGUAGGCAUAUAAACUUCGGCCGGUGGCCGCGCAGGAAGAUGACGCUUGGGAGGUGGUAAGAUUUUUGGAAGGGAUUUAUGGUAAGUCUUAAGGCGAGGGAGAUUGGGUUCUUGGAGAGCAUGAAUUGGGUGAUUUUCGUUGUGAGAAUGGCUUCCAGUGAGGGGGAGUCCACAGCUUCAAGUUCUUCAUAUGAAAUGUGGGGAGCAUGUUGUGGGAAAUAAGGAUCUUCUAGGGCAUAUUGUGGCAGUCAGUAGAUUGAGAAGAGGGAAGAAAGAGGAUUUAAGAUGGAAGCUGGGGGAGAA